AUGCCAGAACUCCCAGAAGUAGAGUAUGCCGCUGCUCUCAUCCGUGAGCAUGCAGUGGGGAAAUUGAUUCAUCACGUCGACACGUUCGAUGACAGCCUCGUCUUCUCUGGCUCUACCCACCAGGAAUUUGCGCGCGAAAUCACCGGUCGCAUCGUGGAUGAUGCAGCUCGUUACGGAAAAUAUUUCUAUAUUCAACUGCAAGGAAACGGAAGGAUGCCCGUUCUCCACUUCGGCAUGACUGGUGCUUUACAGGUGAGAGGCCAUGCCACGGUCAAGUACAAAGUUGGCGCCACCAGCCCAUCCGAUGUGUGGCCGCCACGUUACGUGAAGUUCAUCCUAUACAUCCAGAAUGGCAAUUCUGCUACGUACUUCACAGAAAUUGCAUUCUCAGAUGCCCGCCGCUUAGGUCGCAUACGUUUGGUCGUGUCCCCACUCAAUGAGCCGCCUAUAUCAGAACUCGGUUUCGACCCCGUGUUAUCUAUGCCUUCGCUAGAGGAUUUCCAUGCUUCCUUGUCUAAGAGGACUUGCCCAAUCAAAGCCCUUUUAUUAGACCAAGCUUUCAGCGCCGGCGUCGGGAACUAUCUCGCAGACGAGAUCCUGUAUCAGGCCCACGUGCACCCAGAACAGAGGUGUAACACUCUAGAUAGAGAUCAGGUUAUCGCUUUGCACCACCAUGUCGCUGACGUGUGCCGUAUCACGGUUCAGGCCAAUGCUGACAACAGCAAGUACCCUAAGCAUUGGCUAUUUAAACAUCGUUGGGGGAAAGGCAAGAAUGUCAAGACAACCAUGACACUUGUUCCGUCGGGUGAGCCCGCCACGAUCAAGUGGAUAACCGUAGGUGGCCGCACAUCGGCGUAUGUCGCCGAAGUUCAGAAACGUUUGCCAUCCUCAAAGGGGAACGAUCCCGUUGCAGCUGCCGCAAGCGACACUGUUGCAGAUCAUGACGACGUUGCGCAACGCAAAUCACGGGGACGACAGUCCAGACGUGUAGAUGACGACAUCGUAGAACAAGGGUAUACAGUGCGUCCGAAGAGAAGACGGACCAAUACAUAA